AUGGGAUUACAAAUCUCAGGGAUAAUAGCUGAAUACGUGAUAGAUGAGGUGCUGAACUACACAAAACAAAAACUGACAUGCCAAUUACCGUUUAUAAAAAAAUAUAGAGAUGACAUCAUAACGGCAAUGCCAGAAGAAUUUAUCCAGCAGUCCUUACAAAUAUUGAAUUCCUUCGAUACCAGCAAAACGCUUCAGUUCAUCAUAGAAGUAGAAAACAACAAAUCCUUACCGUUCCUGGAUAUGACAGUGAUCAGAGAAGAAACAGAAGAGGGCAGUACAUUAAUGACUGACUGGUACAAGAAGAAAAUAUCAUCCAACAGGUACAUCCACCACAGAUCCUACCAUCCUUUUAACAUGAAAGUCAACAUAAUAAGAAACCUAAAAACAAGAAUAACAAAAAUAUGCCAUCCAAGAUUUAUAAACAGAAAUUUAAAAAUAUUGUCAGGAAUACUAAGAGAAAAUGGCUACCCAUAUGGGUUGCUAAACAAAAUCAUUCACGGCACACCAAACACCUUAGAAAGCCCACGACAAAUAGAAUCACUGCAGGCAACGAAUGAAGAACAAACACGAAGAUACAUCACCCUGCCAUAUAUUGAAGAGUUAACACCACCACUAAAGAAACUGAUUCCUAAAGAGAAAUUUCAAGUUGCGACAAGAAACGUAAAACCACUUAGAUCAAUUUUUACAAAUCUAAAAGAUCCCACACCAACACUACAGCAAAAUGGGGUGGUGUACAAGAUCUCAUGUAAAGAUUGUGAAGGAGUAUAUGUGGCACAAACGUCGACCACAUUAAAGCAACGUCUUUCAGGCCACAAAAGCGACAUUAACAACAUCAGAAGAAGUUGUGCAUUAGCGAUACAUAUGAUAGAUGAAGAACACCAACCUAAUUUCGAAGAAGUCAGCAUAUUGAACAAGGAGAAAAACUUAGAGAAAAGACUGUUCCUGGAGAUGGUACGAAUUUCCCAAGAGGAGCAUUGCAUCAAUGCCAGGAAAGACAUCCAGAAUUUGAGCAGCAUAUAUUAUUUGCUGAUCGAGUGGGAUAAAAGAAAAAAGACUAGAGCAUCGACGGACAUCCAAAGUGAAAGUUUGGUUUUGUGA